CAUCCAGGGCCGACUGAGCGUUCUAGCCGCCCUACUGCCAUGGAGCCGACAAUACGAGAAUUGAAGAUGGGAAUGAAAAGCCUCAGCAUUACGUUCAUCGUCUUAGACAUAGGGCGACCAAGCAUGACCAAAGAAGGCCACGAAGUACGAACGUGCAAGGUGGCUGACCGAUCAGGAUCGAUUAAUCUGUCCCUUUGGGAUGAACCAGGAACAUGCAUCCAGGAGGGUGACAUUUGCAAGCUUACCAAGGGAUAUGUUUCACUAUGGAAGGGCUGCCUCACUUUGUAUACCGGAAAAGGUGGCACCAUACAGAAAAUAGGAGAGUUCUGUCUGCCCUUCAGUGAAACACCAUUUAUGAGCGAACCGAACCCCGAAUACAUGAAGCAACUGACGGCGAAACUUAAUGGCACUGUGGACCAGCGACGGUCACCUACAUCGCAGAGUGGUGGGAGUAGUGGUGACACCUUAGGCGCUGCCCUUCUGCCCACGCCAUCAGCAGGCGGCGACGACCCUGGUGGGCUGGGUUAUUCCCAGCGAGGAGGAGGUCUCCAAGAGAUGCUGCGUUACGGUUUCAUGAACAUCCCCUUGACAAGCUACAACGAUGGUUUUGGCAUCAAUGAAGGACUGCACAGUGCCAAGUCUGCGAGACCGAACCGGAGGUAG